AGUCGUCCCGCCCUGGUGUGAGGAGCCGUCGGCCGCAGAGCCCAGCUCGUCUGACCGCCCCAAGGGCUCCCGCGGCCUCCGCCGACCCAGAAUCUGGGAAUUCGCUGAGCUGCGCCCCGUCCGCCCGCCCCAGGGUUUCCCCACGCCCGCGGAGGCGAAUCGGCGGCGGCCCUGCCCCGGAGGAACUCACAGUCUAGCGCGGUAGACCGUGGUCAGCAGGCGUGUCCGGCCUAGUGAGAGGGUAGCAUUUAUUGAGGGAUCUGCAUGCCAGACGCUGGGCUAAGCCUUCCCUGAGGUCAGUCGUACAGGUCCACAAACCCCUGAGGCCAGGUGCUCGUGUCCCCAACGGCCUCCAUGUUUAAAGCAGGACGUGCGUGCAGAGUAGACGCGGCUCCCUUCCACAGCCCCUUGGGGGCCACAGGCCCAGGCGCUGUUUGAGUGGACACACUGUUCUGUCCUCUGCCCCCUGGGGCGUCCUGUGCCGGCCAUGCCUGUGCCCACAGAGGGCACCCCGCCACCCUUGAGUGGCACCCCGGUCCCAGUCCCAGCCUACUUCCGCCACGCAGAACCCGGCUUCUCCCUCAAGAGGCCCCGGGGGCUCAGUCGGAGCCUCCCACCCCGGCCUCCUGCCAAGGGCAGCAUCCCUCUCAGCCGCCUCUUCCCCCCUCGGCUCCCGGGCUGGCAGCGGCUCGAGCCCCGGAGAGUGUCGUUCCGAGGCGAGGCCUCCGAGACCCUGCAGAGCCCCGGCUAUGACCCGAGGCGGCCAGAGUCCUUCUUCCAGCAGAGUUUCCAGAGGCUUGGCCGCCUGGGCCGCGGCUCUUACGGAGAAGUCUUCAAGGUGCGCUCCAAGGAAGACGGUCGUCUUUAUGCAGUAAAGCGCUCCAUGUCACCAUUCCGGGGCCCCAAGGACCGGGCCCGCAAGCUGGCCGAGGUCGGUGGCCAUGAGAAGGUGGGGCAGCACCCGCGCUGCGUGCGGCUAGAGCAAGCCUGGGAGGAGGGCGGCAUCCUGUACCUGCAGACGGAGCUGUGCGGGCCCAGCCUGCAGCAGCACUGUGAGGCCUGGGGCGCCAGCCUGCCUGAGGCCCAGGUCUGGGGCUACCUGCGGGACACCCUGCUUGCCCUCGCUCACCUGCACGGCCAAGGCCUGGUCCACCUUGACGUCAAGCCUGCCAAUAUCUUCCUGGGGCCCCGGGGCCGCUGCAAACUGGGUGACUUUGGGUUGCUGGUGGAGCUGGGUGCGUCUGGAGCUGGUGAGGCCCAGGAGGGAGACCCCCGCUACAUGGCACCUGAGCUGCUGCAGGGCUCCUACGGGACGGCGGCGGACGUGUUCAGUCUGGGUCUCACCAUCCUGGAAGUGGCAUGCAACAUGGAGCUGCCGCAUGGUGGAAAGGGCUGGCAGCAGCUGCGCCAGGGCUACCUGCCCCCUGAGUUCACUGCCAGCCUGUCUUCUGAGCUGCGUUCUGUCCUUGUCAUGAUGCUGGAGCCUGACCCCAAGCUGCGAGCCACAGCGGAGGCCCUGCUGGCCCUGCCUAUGCUCCGGCAGCCACGGCCCUGGAGCGUCCUGUGGUACAUGGCUGCCGAAGCCCUGAGUCGAGGGUGGGCCCUGUGGCAGACCCUGCUGGCCCUGCUGUGCUGGCUCUGGCACGGGCUGGCUCACCCUGCCAGCUGGCUGCAGCCUCCGGGCCCGCCGGCCACCCCACCUGGCUCGCCGCCCUGCAGCCUCCUCCUGGACAGCAGCCUUUCCAGCAACUGGGAUGACGAGAGCAUAGGGCCCUCACUCUUUCCAGAGGCUGUCCUAGCCAGGGCUGCCGGGACCACCUCUACCCCCUGCAGCAGCUCCCCUGCCCCCCGAAGCAGGUACACACUGAGGGAUGGCCUGGACCUAAGUGACACUGACUCAGAGCCCCCUCGGGGCUCCUUCCCCUCCUUUGAGCCUCGGAACCUCCUCAGCCUCUUUGAGGACUCACUGGGCCCAACCUGA